CCCGGAGGAGGACCACCUGCUCACCCAGCUCGUGCGGGAGAUGCGCGUCGGCAGCCACAUCCCCUACCGGAGAAUUGUCUACUACAUGGAAGGGAGAGACUCCAUGCAGCUCAUCUAUCGGUGGACCAAGAGCUUGGACCCCAACCUGAAGAAGGGGCUCUGGGCCCCGGAGGAGGAUGCGAAGUUGCUUCGAGCCGUCGCCAAGUACGGGGAGCAGGAUUGGUUUAAAAUCCGGGAGGAGGUGCCAGGUAGGAGCGAUGCCCAGUGCCGAGAUCGGUACCUCAGAAGGCUGCACUUCGGCCUGAAGAAGGGGCGAUGGAGCGCAAAAGAGGAGGAGAAGUUGCUGGAACUGAUAGAAAAGUACGGCGUCGGUCACUGGGCAAAGAUAGCUUCGGAACUACCCCAUCGGACGGGCUCCCAGUGUCUGAGCAAGUGGAAAAUCAUGGUCAGGAAGAAGCAGAGUCGGGGGAGGAGGCGGCGGCGGCGGCGGCCCCUUCGCAGCGUGCGCUGGAGCUCCAGCAGCGAGGACGGCAGCGAUGGGGACAGCAGCAGCAGCAGCAGCAGCAGCAGGGACAGUGAGGGGUCGGAGCCAGAGGAAGCCCCAGAGGCCCGGGCGGGGGGCCAGGUGCUGCCCUCAGCACGGCACGCCGUGCCAGACAUGGACCUGUGGGUGCCCGCCAGGCAGGGCACCGGCGGGCCGUGCGCGGGGGGCGCCUGGGGCCGGCCGGGACGCCCUGCUGCCUCCCCCAGCCCUCCCAGGGGCGCCAGCGGGGCGGAGGCUGGCCCAGCAGCUUGGCCCGCGGCCUCGGCUCCCGCACAGGAGGCAGGCCGGGCUCACGCCCCGUCGGGGACCCGCAGCUCCAGUGCGAGCGCCGUCGGCUGCCCAGGCUCAGCGGAUGCUCCCCCCUCGGGCUCAGAGGCGCCGGCGGACGAGAGCGGGAGUCGUCUGCUCAGGCUGCCCCUGGAGACCGUGCUGCAGGUGCUGAGGACCAACACGGCCCACCGGUGCCGGACCCUGAAGGAGAAACUGAGGCAGCCAGGCCUGCUCGGCCCAUCCGUGGGGGCCGGCCCCAGUGACCGCGCCGUAGCCGGGCCCUGCGUCCGGCAGCUGUGGCACAGGACGAUCGGGAGCAGGCAGCGAUGGCGGGGACACUCCCUGCAGAGGAGGCUCCUUGAGCGCCAGCUCCUGAUGGCUGUGAGCCCGUGGGUGGGCGACAUCGUCCUGCCCUGCACUCCCCGAAGGCCUGCCGCGGCCCACACCCGAGCCGAUGGCAUCAGGAAGCAGCUUCAGGACGCCCACCUGGCCAGCACCCCGGUGUUCACCCUCUUUAUCCAGCUGUUCCAGAUUGACACUGCUGGCUGCAUGGAGGUCGUUCGAGAGAGGAAGGCCCAGCCCCCUGCCCUGCUGCAGACUGGCACCCGGGACCCAGUGCCUGGGCUCCUACCGAUGCCUUCAAGUACCCGGAACGCUACAGGCCACAGCUUCCGGAGCGUGCCAGCCCGAGAAGCCGCGAAGCAGAGCGCCAGCCUCAAAGGGAGCAGGGGGCUGCAGCCCUGCCACGCCGAGUCCGGUCCGCAGGCGCCCCCACCGGCUCCGUGUGGUCCCCGGCCCAAGCCCAAGACUGUCUCCGAGCUGCUCCGGGAGAAGCGGCUGCGGGAGGCCCGGGCCAGGAAGGCCGCCCCGGGCGCUGUGGUCCUCCCACCCCAGCUGCUGCUCUCCUCCCCACUGAUUCUCCAGCCCCGUCUCCCGGUGGCCCCCCACGGCCCCUCGGCUUCGGGCCUGGCUGUCACGGCCUCGGUGCUCUCCCGGCCUAGCGCCCCUGCCGCGACAGAGCCGUGCAUUUCCGGUUCUCGGGCCUCAGCCGAGGACGGAAGGCCCUCCACCCUGCCAGUCUUGGCCGGCGCCCUGGCCUCCACAGAGGCUGCCCCCGCUGCCUCCGUGGUGCCGGUUCUGGGCCCCAGCCAGGUCCCCGUGAACUGCCAUCGAGGUGGCCCGGGACAGUCUCAGGCCCCUGCCACCGCCCAGAAGCAGGGCUUGCCAGAGGCACCACCCUUUCUCCCUGCAGUCCCCAGCCCCUCUCAGCUGCCCGUCCAGCCCAUCUGCCCGACGCCAGCUGUGGGCACACACGAGAGGGGGCCACAGGUGGUGGCCAGCACCCCUCUGCCUGUCACCUGGGUGCUCACAGCCCAGGGGCUACUCCCCGUGCCCACCGUGGUGGGCCUUCCUGGGCCAGUAGGGACCUCUGACUCCAAGGGACUGUCAGCGGCUCUGUCGUCCUCCCUGCCUGGGACACAGAUAGGCCGGGGUCCCGGGCUCCCCGGGCCGACCCACCCCUGGCAGCCCCCCACCAGCCGGGACACAGACUCAGACCCUCCCUCCAAGACAGACCCGCCGGGCCUUCCGAUGCCCCACCAGUCUCAAGGUUCCGUGGAGGUGGACAGAGACGGGGCCCACGGCCCGGCGGGGGGCUCCUUCCCUGGAGAGGCCCAAGUGGCCGGGGACACAGCCGUGUCUGGGGCACCCUCCCAAGCCACGCUCCUGGCUGACCACCCUGAAGCAAAGUCCCCCAGGCCCAGCCAGCCGCCUCUUCGAGGAGGCACCGGCCCUGGGAGUGGCCCAGGAGGGACAGCAGGGUCCGCCUUGAGACCAGAGAGACUCGGGGAGCCUCUGGGCCGGGAGAGGCCACCCCCACCCCGGCCUGGGCCUGAGAGGGGUGCCCUGGACUUGGACCUCGUGUCUCAGGAGGGUGAGGCGGUCGUGCGGGAAUGGCUGAGGGGACGGCGUGGGGUGAGCGUGCCCCCGCUGGGGGGAGGGCUGCCUUACCAGCCCCCCGCCCUGUGCAGCCUGCGGGCCCUGUCUGCACUCUUGCUCCAGAAGGCGGCCUUGGAGCGCAGAGCCGCCUCCCUCGUGCCGGGGGGCGCCGGAGCCCUGCACACCUCGCUGGGACAGGUACGGAGGUGGCUCCGGGACAGCCCGGCCUACCUGCUGCUCAAGGCGCGGUUCCUGGCGGCCUUCACCCUCCCCGCGCUCCUGGCCACCCUGUCCCCCGACGGCGUUCCCACCACCCUGUCCGUAGCCACGAGGGCUGACCCCGAGAGCGAGGACGACCUGGGCCUGGAGGAGUCGGAGCUCACUGAUGGUUGCUCCACGAGCGGUCCUCGGGCAGGGCCGGCGGCCGCCACCCCCAUUCAGGGAGCCCCAGACCCUGGGGAGAGCUCUGCCUCUUCCUGCCUAGACAGUUCUGACGACCUGGACGUGCUCAGAACCCGGCACUCCUGGCAUGCCCGGAAGAGGAGGAGGCUGGUGUGAGCGGCAGGGAGGUGGGAGCCGUGCCGGACCCUGGUGAGCCCACCUGCCUGGAGAGCCCACCGCUGACCCUACGGCAGCCAGAAGCAGCUGGAGGCUGGGGAAGGCUCUGCCAGCCGUGACCGUGAGGCCCCCGGGGGCUUGGCUGGUCCUGAAGCACAGAUCGGGACGUUUGAAGGAAUAAAGUGAAUGGCCUAUUUUUUUAUUAAAAACCA